GAAGAACAUUAUAUACGAAGUGUAUUUUCCUGCUAAACUUGGUUGAAAAACUAAUACUUUUGGUUAUUGCGCAAAGAUACAAUGACAAAUUUGAAGUCAGAUUUAGAUCAAUAUCUUCUUCAAAACGAAAGUCGACGAGGCUACAACUUUAGUUUACCCUUCUCGACUCCCAGUAUAUUCAAAAGAAACAAUGACGAAACACCAAGCAGUAUCUCCACUACCAGUUCUUGGUUUGAAAAUGUGCAGAAGGAAUACUUUACUUUGAGUCGAACACAACGGUUUAUGGGAUUCGGUAUUUGUAUGUGUUUUGGUAUACUUUGUUUUAUAUUGUCUUUCAUAUACAUACCCAUAUUACUGCUACAAGCAAGGAAGUUUUCUCUUUUGUUCACCUUGGGAAGCCUCUUCUUUAUAUUCAGUUUCAGUUUUCUGUACGGACCCUGGAACCAUCUGAAGUCACUAUUUUCUAAAGAAAAAGCACUGUCUACCUGUGUGUAUGGUUUUACAUUAGUCGGCACACUGUACUGUGCGCUACACCUUCAGAGCACUCCGCUGACCGUGAUAUUUGCCGUGUCACAAGUACUCGCCCUGUUGUGGACGAUGCUCGGCUCCAUACCCGGUGGCUCCUCUGGAAUGAGAUUCUUUGGAAGCAUGUUCAAGUCUUCAGUUUCCAACACUUUGCCUAUUUAACAAACAUUUCAAUGUUUUAUCUUUGUUUAUAAUAAUACUGUAUUUACUUACAUAAAGUUUAAAGAUAUGUGUAAAUGCUAGUGAAAUGAGUUUGAAAGUAUUUCGGUUUAAUAUAAGAAGUAUAUAGAUAGGACCAUAUCAUAGAGUUGAGAAUAAUAUAAAAAAGUUAAAAGCAACAGAAGUGCCUGUAGCUACAAUAAUUUUAAGACUUUCAAAUAACAGUUUGGUGCAUAUUAACUAUUAUUAUCAAUAUUUUUUCAUAAAGAGAAUGUUCAUAUUAGCCUUAUCUUAGUCCUAAAUUUUCUAUUGUUCAUUCAUAUUUCAUGCAAUGUUGUAUUUCAGAAGUUCUGUUAUUUAUAAUUAGUCACCAACGUGUAGUGUACACUGUACAUACUGUAAAUCAUCUAUGUGUUAAUAUAUUUUUAUAUUUUGUUUUAUAACAAGGACACCACAUUUAACCCAUUAAUCCCCAAGUGGCAGACGGCUGUCGCAUAACCUGUACCAUAAGCAAAUUGUACCUUAGCUUCUACUUUUUGACAAAUUUUCUUCAGAUUUAUCUACACCAUUUUGCUUAAAUGGUGACACUUAUAUUUGAUUUGUGUAUGUGUAUUUGUAUAACAUGUAUGUCUGCAAGUUCCAAUACAUUUUAUAUCUAAAGGCAAUGUGGAAAUUACUAAAGUCUAAAAGUUACUUAUUAGUUAUUUCAUUUCUUAGUAAAACUAAACGCACAAUAACUACAGGAGUUAUUUUAUCGAAUGUCUAGAUUAAAAUUUAAGUUCCUGAGUAUGAUGUAAGUUGUAGCUAGAUAAUUUAUUUCUACUAACAAAUGGAAAUUGGAAUUUAAGCUAUCUAUCGCUUAGGUGACUAUUAUUACUAACAUGGUGUAUUUACCUUAUGUUUAAUGGCCAAGCUCAGAAUCAGAACUGAUUUUUGUAAAUAUCUUUAUACAAAUAAAUUGAUUAUAAAUACAAGCUU